AUGCAGAUAUCUCCUCACAGUCUUCCCCCGUCUCUUCGCCUACCCUUGGAGCUGAAGGAUGCCAUAUGUCGCGAUGCCGGUCUGCGCAAGAAAGACCUGGCGCGACUUGCGCUGACCUGCAGAUCCUGGUAUAUCCCUGCCAACGUUAUACUCUGGGAGUCUAUCAACGGCUUGGGGCCUCUGCUCGCACUCAUGCCCGAAGGCACUUGGAACGGUAUGGAAAUUACCACCCUCGAGGGGUCGCUUUAUGAGGACGAUCCCCCACUCACAGUCGAGCACUGGACGCCGGUGUUACGGCUAUCGCUACUGGUCAAGGAAAUUCGCUUGAACGACGUGACACGCACCAUUCAACGCAGAGUCAUGCAAUAUCCCCCGCCGACCACAUUGUUUCCGUCCCUUCGCUCCCUCACUAUCGAUAUGUGGAAGGCUUCCAACGAGCUGGGGCCGCUGAACGGUCUCGCGGCCGCUCAUCUGAUUUUUCUCCGCGCUAUCAUCCCGCAAACGCUGCAAACGCUGACCCUCGUUGACGCGCCAAAGCUCUUCGAUAUCCUGCCUUUAUUCUCCCGACUCGAAAGCCUUGUAAUUCAAGCUCCCCAUGCCGCUUUGCACGUUCUCAACAAUGGCUCUCACCACGGAAAGGCGCUCACCUCUAUCGUUCAAUGCAUCUCCUGCUGCGGAAACCUCUCGUGGGUGCGCUUGGACCUGCCUUUUGGGCGUCGUCCAGAGCUCAUGGAAGCUCUCGCGCGCUUGUCUGGUCUGGAGCAUCUUCGUGUCUGGUUCUGCCGCCCUGAACAAUGGCAUGGGCGUCAGCCUACGUACCCGGACCAUGCAUUCCCUGCGCUGAGAUCUCUUGAGCUCAGAAGUUUGUCGUUCUUCGAUGCCGCAAUACUUCUAAAAAGCCGGCAAAAGCGCAGGAUGACCAACAUCGAGGUUUUCUCUGACGAUCCCGAAACUCCCGAGUCUCUCGCCCUCUUCACAGCGCAUGUCAAGCAGUACUGCACCCCCGUCACCUUGAGGAGGAUCCGUUUGGCGUUAAACGACCCGUCAAGCCGCUGGCCAAUCUCGUUCGCGCCCAUCGCGCCUCUCAUGGCUUUUCGGAAUUUGCGGAACGUCCGUUUCUCUCUCUUCUGCGGCGUACAUAUAACGGAAGCAGAGUGGCAGUUGAUUGGGCAAUCCUGGCCUAGGCUGCAAAGCCUUACGAUGCGUCCGCGGUUCUUCGACGACCCCAGCAAUGCACAACCCUCCUGCUCGCUCGCUACACUGGGAACCAUCGCAAGGCAUUGUCCUGAACUCAAGACCAUAACACUCGCACUCGACGCUACCGUCUUACCCAAGAUUGAAGCACUCAAUGUUGUGAAGAACCGUCGCAUGGUCAUCACAGUUACGCCCCCCCUACAGGAUAUCGUAGCCGCGGAGCCUGUCGUGCAGUAUCUACAAGGUGUUUUUGGCCACCGUGUCAAAGUUAAUCUCCAGUUGAGGAGUUCGGAACUAGAAGCUGGAGUGGACAGGGAAAUCAGACGGAGACGUUUACAGUGGGACAUGGUCAGCCUAUGGACCUCAGGGACAUACCUCGACUCGCUGGGCAUGCCCAUAAGAGGGCAAGCCUACAUGGCUGCAAAAUCCAUCGUGCAAAUGAACCAUUAUGAGGCUUAUUAA